UUCGUUGUUACGCUUUGGCUCGUUACUUCCUCGUCGCCCGCCGCUCGUCGCCGUGCAGUCGCAGCCGCCGCCGCCGCCGCCGCCAUGGGUCGUAUGCACAGUCGAGGAAAAGGUAUCUCUUCGUCGGCGCUUCCGUACAAGAGAACUCCGCCGAGUUGGCUCAAGAUCUCUCCCCCAGAUGUUGAAGAUAACAUCUGCAAGUUUGCCAAAAAGGGAUUGACGCCGUCGCAGAUCGGUGUCAUUCUUCGUGAUUCUCACGGAAUCGCCCAGGUCAAGAGUGUUACUGGGAACAAAAUCCUCAGGGUUCUCAAAGCCCACGGUCUUGCACCGGCUAUUCCAGAAGAUCUGUACCACCUGAUUAAGAAGGCUAUGGCAAUCAGGAAGCACUUGGAAAAGAACAGGAAGGACAAGGACUCUAAAUUCAGGCUGAUCUUGGUGGAGAGCAGAAUUCACCGCUUGGCACGAUACUACAAGAGGACCAAGAAGCUUCCACCAACAUUUAAAUACGAUGCAACUACCGCCAGCACUCUAGUGGCGUAGAUAAUGUGAUUGGAAAUCAUGGUCCGAUACUUAUUCUUGAUUCAACGCACAGACUUAUUUAUUAAACGAGAAGAAUUAUUGUGAUGGCUAGUUGUUUUAUCCAUCGAAUUUUGCAAACUUUUUCAGAUAAUCCUACCUUUCACUCUUUAGUAUUUUAUUAAGUCAGACGUGAUGGCUGUGCCUUAGCUAAAUUAUUUCUUGAUUCCGUGCGAUCAGUCAGUUUUGAUGUC